AUGCCAACAGAUCAUGAAGAGCCCUGUGGUUUCAAUCACAGGUCCUUUUGCCUGAAUGGAGGAAUUUGCUAUGUGAUACCAAGUGUUCCUAGCCCAUUUUGUAGAUGCAUUGAAAAUUACACGGGAGCUCGUUGUGAAGAGAUUUUCCUCCCAAGUUCGAGCGUUGAAACGAAGAGUGACCUGUUCACGACUUACCUGGUGCUGGCUGUCCUAGGAAUGGUUAUCCUUGCAGCCUUCUGCUUCUUCUGCAGGAAGACCCAAAGGAAUAAUUCAGCCCAGUAUGAUAUCACCCUGGUGGAGACAUGCACCACCAGUGCCCUCCACAUCCAGCUUCUCCCCUCGAUCCCGCGCCUGCGCCGCGUGCACCGACCGGCCUCCAGCUCCCCGGCGGGAGGUUUCUCUACAUGA